GUGGGACGGGUGGAAGCAGCGAACGGCCGGAGUGAGUGCGGGGCGGCCGCCCCAGGAGGCAGUUAUAAUCAAGGCAACUGAGGCAGUCUGUGGGCUUGUGGUAGAUGUUGUGGUUAGUCUAUCCACACUGAUGAAGAAGGAGAGAUCCAGAAAGCAAAGGGAAGAGUCAGAGAUGGAUUACGAGAAGAAGGAAGAAUGUAGCCUUGCUAAGAAUCUCAGAGAAUAGUCCAUGGUCUAGGACAUUCUGCAAGCUUUAAGAAGGUGCACGGUUUAAAUAUGUGGACUUUCCAGUAAGAAGUUGAAGUGCAUUUGGCAGCUAACCACAAAUCCAGCAACCAGGCUUGAGUGACCUUGCUUGGUUGCACUGCUACAUAUAGGGAGUGCUAUUUCUCUAGCUAGCAGUUUGGCUGCUAGUUGUUGAUAAAAAGCACUUUAAGCAAUCAUGUCUGUUCAUGGUCUGGAAACCCAGCAUCCUACCUUCUUUCUUGGACCUGAAGAUGGGGAGCUAUUGCAACAAAUGAAACAGGAAGUAUUUGAAGACUUUGAUCAGGACGAAGAAUAUGAUUCUCCACCAGAAAGACAGAUUGUAGUUGGAAUUUGUGCCAUGGCCAAGAAAUCUAAGUCCAAGCCAAUGAGUGAGAUUCUGGGACGACUUUGCAAAUUUAAAUACAUCACUACUGUAAUUUUUGAAGAAGACACUAUUCUAAAUGAGCCAGUGGAAAAAUGGCCACUUUGUGAUUGCCUCAUCUCUUUCCAUUCAAAAGGAUUUCUUUUGGACAAAGCAGUGGCCUAUGCAAAGCUCAGGAAUCCAUUUGUUAUUAAUGAUUUGAACAUGCAAUAUGAUAUUCAAGACAGGAGGGAAGUUUAUCGAAUUUUGAAAGAGGAAGGGAUUGAACUGCCGCGCUAUGCAAUUUUAAAUCGUGAUCCAGAUAAACCUGACGAAUGUAAUUUGAUAGAGGGUGAAGAUCACGUAGAGGUCAAUGGAGAUGUCUUUCAAAAACCAUUUGUGGAGAAACCAGUGAGUGCAGAGGAUCACAAUGUUUACAUUUAUUAUCCAACAAGUGCUGGAGGGGGAAGCCAAAGACUCUUUCGAAAGAUUGGGAGUAGAAGCAGUGUCUAUUCUCCUGAAAGCAGUGUCCGAAAAACUGGAUCUUAUAUAUAUGAGCAAUUUAUGCCAACAGAUGGUACAGAUGUGAAGGUUUAUACAGUUGGUCCAGAUUAUGCUCAUGCAGAGGCGCGCAAAUCUCCUGCUCUGGAUGGCAAGGUUGAGCGUGACAGUGAAGGAAAGGAAGUUCGAUAUCCUGUCAUACUAAAUGCGAGAGAGAAGUUAAUUGCUUGGAAGGUUUGCCUUGCUUUUAAGCAAACAGUUUGUGGCUUCGAUCUGUUAAGAGCUAAUGGUCAAUCCUACGUCUGUGAUGUUAAUGGCUUCAGCUUUGUGAAGAAUUCCAUGAAGUAUUAUGAUGAUUGUGCCAAGAUUUUAGGAAACAUCAUCAUGCGAGAGUUAGCUCCUCAAUUUCGUAUCCCAUGGUCCAUCCCAACUGAGGCAGAGGACAUUCCCAUUGUACCCACCACAUCUGGCACCAUGAUGGAGCUUCGUUGUGUGAUUGCAGUCAUAAGGCAUGGGGAUCGAACUCCAAAGCAAAAAAUGAAAAUGGAAGUGAGGCACCAGAGAUUUUUUGAUCUCUUUGAAAAAUAUAAUGGAUACAAAGCAGGAAAAAUAAAGCUCAAGAAGCCAAAGCAGCUGCAGGAAGUCUUGGAUAUUGCAAGGCAUCUUUUGGCAGAACUGGGACAGAAUAAUGAUUCAGAAAUAGAAGAAAGUAAAUCAAAGCUUGAGCAACUUAAAACAGUGCUUGAAAUGUAUGGCCAUUUUUCUGGAAUAAACCGUAAAGUUCAACUAACAUACCUGCCUCUCGGGUGUCCAAAGACUUCGAGUGAAGAAGAUGAAAACAAGAAGGAAGAGCCAUCUCUGCUUCUGGUGUUAAAGUGGGGUGGAGAACUGACUCCGGCAGGCAGGGUCCAAGCUGAAGAACUAGGUCGUGCUUUCAGGUGUAUGUAUCCAGGAGGACAAGGAGAUUAUGCAGGAUUUCCAGGCUGUGGUUUGCUCCGAUUGCACAGUACAUAUCGGCAUGAUUUGAAGAUCUAUGCUUCAGAUGAAGGGAGAGUUCAGAUGACAGCGGCAGCCUUUGCUAAGGGAUUACUUGCGUUGGAAGGGGAGCUAACCCCGAUUCUUGUACAGAUGGUUAAAAGUGCUAACAUGAAUGGCUUGUUAGACAGUGACAGUGAUUCCCUGAGUAGUUGUCAGCAGCGAGUUAAAGCUCGGCUUCAUGAGAUUCUGCAGAAAGAUCGAGACUUCACCAUUGAAGAUUAUGAAAAGCUUGCUCCAACUAAAAACAGUUCUAUAAUUAAGUCAAUGCAGUUUAUCAAAAACCCUGUUAAAACCUGUGAUAAGGUCUACACCUUGAUCCAGAGCCUGACAUCCCAAAUUAGGCAGAGGAUGGAAGACCCUAAAUCAGCUGACAUUCAGCUUUAUCAUAGUGAAUCACUUGAAUUGAUGCUUAGACGAUGGGCUAAAUUAGAAAAGGAUGUCAAAAUGAAGAAUGGUCGUUAUGAUAUAAGUAAAAUUCCUGAUAUCUAUGACUGCAUAAAAUAUGAUGUUCAACACAACAGUUCCCUAAAACUGAAUGAUACAAUGGAACUGUAUCAACUAUCAAAGUCACUGGCUGACAUUGUCAUACCUCAGGAAUAUGGCAUUACCAAGGAUGAGAAAUUGGAUAUUGCCAAAGGAUAUUGUACUCCUUUGAUAAGAAAAAUUCGUUCUGACUUGCAGAGAACUCAGGAUGAUGACACUGUUAACAAGCUCCAUCCACUAUACUCAAGAGGAGUGAUGUCCCCAGAGCGACAUGUUCGUACUCGGUUGUAUUUUACCAGUGAGAGCCAUGUACAUUCGCUUCUCUCUAUACUGCGCUAUGGUGCCCUAUGUGAUGAGGUCAAAGAUGAACAGUGGAAAAGGGCAAUGGGCUAUCUAAACUAUACCAGUGAACUUAAUUACAUGACACAGAUUGUUAUCAUGUUGUAUGAAGACCCAAACAAGGACCUUACCUCGGAAGAACGAUUCCACGUCGAAUUGCACUUUAGCCCUGGUGCUAAAGGGUGUGAGGAAGAUAAAAAUCUUCCGUCAGGUUUUGGAUACAGACCAGCAUCUCGUGAGAAUGACAGUGGAGCCAAGGUCUUCCUGAAUAGUGACAAUGAUGAGGAAUCUGUUUCAAGAAGGGAAGCUGCUGAAAAGUCCACAGUGUCGUUCAGGCCAAUGGUUUCAGAUCCCAUUUAUAUACAUCGAAAAUCCCCACUGCAACGAUCCAAGAAAAUAGGCUCAGUGGAAGAAGAGAGCCCCCUGAGUCUGUCUAGCCCAGAGUGUAGUGGUACCUGGAUGCAUUACACUAGUGGUGUGGGUGCUGGGCGUCGAAGACGCAGAUCAGGGGAACAAAUCACUUCUUCCCCUGUCUCCCCCAAAUCAUUGGCUUUCACAUCAAGUAUUUUUGGCUCAUGGCAACAGGUACUUCCAGAGUCCAGUAAUUAUUUGCGAACUGGAAGGUCCCAUUCAGAACAGAAAUACACUGGACUUGGGUCUCACUGUGCAGGCCUGUUUAGCACUACUGUGCUAGGGGGUUCCUCGAGUGCACCUAACCUACAGGAUUAUGCUCGUGCGCAUCGUAAAAAGCUGACAUCAUCUGGCUGCUUUGAUGACGCCACAUGCAGUUCUGCUGUAAAAAGGUUUUCUAUCUCAUUUGCUCGACACCCAACCAAUGGAUUUGAGCUCUAUUCUAUGGUGCCUUCCAUUUGCCCCCUUGAAACCCUUCAUAAUUCACUAUCUCUGAAGCAAGUGGAUGAAUUCCUUACAUCAAUUCCUGAAAGCUACAGCUCUUGUGAGUUUCCUUCUACAUCCUCAGCUUCUUCAAAUAUCUUGUCUCUGGGUAGAAGGAUUUUAAAUACAUAUACUCCAAGAAAGAUACUUCCAGCACCUCAGUUGCCAGAUCAAGAAAGUAAUAAAUCUGCUUUCUUCUCUAGUGGAUCCUCCAGUGAUGUAUCUAUUGCCGGGCAAUCUUCAUUAACAGAAAAUUCAUCCACUGUUGGUCAAAGAGACAAAGUGACAACUUCAUAAAGCACUAAAGAAAAAUAAAGCUGAUGAAUAAAAGAAACUUGAAGUAAGCUAGUCCAAACCAAGCUGUUCAAUAUGGAAAUGAAUGGAUAUGACUAAAAUGAAACUUAAUCUUUGUGGACAAAUACUUUAAUAAAAAAUCUAUCCUGUCAUCAUUUAUGUUAAUGCCAAGUCAAAUUAUAUGGUCAAUAAAAAAAUAUAGGUGUUGGAAUGUCAUAUAUAUGUCCUUAUAAAACUAUUGAGUUUUAGCUUGCAUACUUAACCAAGGUUGAUGUUGUGCUAGAUUUUUUAUUUUAUCCACAGGUGCAUCAAUUCCAGAAAUACUGAUACAUUUCAAUGGAAAAUAUGUGUUGUGAUGAAAUCUCAUUCAGAAAAUCAGAAUCCCUUUACAUGCUUAACUUCAAAGAUGGUUCAUUUAAUGAGAUUUUUUAUUGGAAAAUGUGGCAUUUUCUGUGUUAUAGACUAAAUUACAUAUUUUUGCCAAAAUCCAUUGUGUUAAAAAGUUGGCUAUCGUCCUUUAUAGGCAAAAUUUUCUAAAUUAGUUUUGUUCCUUGUAUCAUUGUCACAUUGAUAAUGUUUAAAAAAAUUUAAGUGUUACAGAAAUCCAGUUCUUUUUUUUAAUUCCAGUUUGUAUUUUCCAUUCGGAAUACCGAUUCAAUGUACACUGAAGCUUAAAGUGAAUGAUCCUGUGUGAUCUAUCUUUUGCAGACUUCUAAUUCUGGGUUUGUGGCUGUUAUAGUUGGCAGAAGUGAGUGUACCAUUUGCAUUUUAUGCUCUACAAAAUCCAAGGUUGCUUAUAUCAUUCCAAGGGUAUUUUAAGUAUUUUAUGACUGGUAGUCACCAUUCCCUUUCUCCACUCAUACAAAAGAUUAUUUGCACCACAUUUUUGGUCACAGUUGUCACAACAAACUUAAGUAGAUGUGUUUGUCCUCCUUUCAAUUCCCACCAACAGUGUAAUUUCAACCUCUAAGUGAAACAAGUUUUCUCUUUGGACAGAGAUUCACAUCAAAGGAAUAUGUGCAAUUUUGAUGAGGUUUUUUUGUCUGUAUGUAUGUGUAUAUGUAUAUAGAUGAAAAGUCAUCAAAUUUUCCAUGGUUAAAAGAACUAUUUUGAACUAUGGUACUUGAUAGACAUUUUUAAAGUUGUAUAACAUGUUUAAACUGGCACAAAAUUAUUUUUAUUCUAAAGAAUGCAAGCUAUCGAAAACUUCUUUUUCUGUCAAGUUUAAAACAUUGCUUAACUGUACAAAUGUGAAGCUUCUCUGCUUUAAGAAUGUUUACUGGAAUUUGUUAUGUUAUGUUCCAGAUUUAGCUGUGAAUAAACUGAAUUUGAGAUGUUAUAAUUUUCAAAAUAUAAAUCUGGCUGUAUGUUUUUAUAUGAAAUGGAUUGCAGAUAUGUUUUGUAAAGCAGAUUUUACGUAUGUGUAUAUAUAGGUCAGUACUUUUAUUUUUAUCUACAAAUAUGCUACAGACCACUCUGCUUUCAUCUCGACAACUGUCCAAUUGUGAAUUAUUCUCACAUUUACAUAUUAUGGAAUAAUUUCUCAUGCAGAGGUUGCUGCAUUCAGUGAAGCAUUGAGCAAUGUUACAUUUUCUUUAAACCAUUUAAAAUAUAUAAUGAGAAUAUUUCAUUUGUAACUGGGGACCCUAUUUCACCAGCUUUAAUUGUUAACUUUAGUUGGUAUAUUCUGGACUACAUAUUCAUUGUUCUUAUAAAUUGGCACUAUUAUAAGUGUACCAAGUUUACAAAAUAAACCAGUGUCUACUGAGUUGUAUCUUUAAAG